AGUUUGCAAAUCCUGGUUCUUGUCCUACAGAUUCAAAGUUCCUCCCAUUACUCGAACCGACUGGAUGUAUCAGGAUGUCUGUCGAACGAAAUGAUCAAGCGCAUUGUUUAACUUCCUCCGAGGACGCGAACCAUGCAGCUAUUCGCCGUGCUGCAGACGUUGCUGCUCCUGUUCGUCGUAGCUGUCCACGGUGCAACCUCGGAUGAGGAUAUCCAGCUUAGUGAAGCGUUCGGCGGGUCCGGAGGCGUCGCGUUCUCGGAUAUUAACCUGGUCCAGUUCGGCCAAACCGCCCACACGAUCACGAUCAACGCCAAGGAGCGGAUCACUGCUGUGAUUCUGCGGGUGGCAACACCAACCGAGAAGAUUUUCUCUCAUGGCGGAUGUAGUGGAACGGACAGUACACUCACUCUCGAGGAGGGGGAGUACGUUAACUCUAUGGAAAUCCACUGGGGCAAAAAGCUGUUGAGUACACGGAUCUCUUACCUCAAAUUCAGCACCAACAAGAACCGCUGGGUCGCUGGAGGAACAGAGACCGCUGACCAGUCCAAAAUCACCGCUCCUGAAGGUUUCCAGCUUAGUGGCUUCUUCGGUCGUGCAGAGGGCGAAAUUCACCAGUUGGGUGUGAUCUGGACGAGAAUUAACGCGACAACUAAAGCCCUAACUGAUGUAAUGGGCUCUGCAUGGUAUGGCGAUCGGAUCCGGAACUGGGUGGGGCCUACCAUUGGCGAUGCCGCCGACUCAGCGUGCUACAGGAAGAGGGUAUUAUAUGGCAGUGAGAAGUCCUGCCCUCUAGGAUACAGCGCCAACGGCAUCAGCUGUCUUGCGCAGUGUCCGAUAGCGUAUCCCGUCGACUGCUACGAAGAGUGUAUCCCUCAAAAUGACGACUGCAGUGGGGAAAUUCUCCAAAAGACGGCGUCUGUGGUGUCCGCAGUGUUUAACUCAGUGACUGCAGGGAUAUUUGGCCUUGUGUUUACGUCGUUCAAGAAAGCUAAGCAGAAUUUCCUCUGCGCUGCUAACAUUAUCGGCGUCAUGAAGUCCCUCAUCUACUAUCUCCGCUUCCAACGCACGACAGCGCCAGAAGGAACGGUCGAAGAAAUGCUCGCUAUCGCUUAUCAAUCCAACGUCGUGAUCUUCGACCUGCCGAUCGCUGUUGCCAAUUGUCUGGGAAUCGAUGUUUCCAUGAAGACAAUUAUUGCCAACAUCGUGUACACUGUCGUGGAAAAUAUUGUCAAGCAAAUCGUUGUCAAUGGCGACCAGAUCUUCUCAUCUGCUGCCAACGUCUUAGCGCUUCUCUCCAACGCCACCAUCAUCCAAACUACUACCGACGAAUCAACCGUUGAAGAACUCCAGGACUUGCUCGACUCCAAUACUACGUGCGGGUAUCAAUUGAAAAAUCUCACGGAUCAUGUCAUUGCUACGGUUCGCGCCAUUCGCACCAAGACUCCUGAUGCUACGGUUAAUGACAUUCGCAUCCAAAUCAGCCAGACCCCAAUUGUUCUGCGGGAUAUCCCCACUGCUACCAACAACUGUAUGCGGGAAUUGUUGAAAAACAAAUCUACAGAGGCUGCAUUUGAGACUCGCGACCUGAUCCGCAGGACUUUCGGAGUGAUUGUCGACCAAUUAGUCGAGACGAACUCGACCGAUAUGGGGCAAUCCCUCGCGGAAGACGACUACACUCUUGACGCCACUAAUCUGGCCUUAGUGGUGCUUGGUGGCAUGGAUCCUACCGGGAUUGCCUGGAUGUUGUCACAAUUUAUUCAACCGACUUGUGGCCCCACUGCGUUUGUCGGAGAGAUUGACGAUGGGAAUUUGCACGACGCAUUGGGCCUCAAGACGAUGGACGAGGCGUUUAAAGGCAGCUACGGCACGUGGACGAAGGAAGGGGAUGGCAAGAUGAGGAUAUACUUCGAAAGCACCGACACGAAAGAUGUGACGGUAGUCAUCCACUCGGGUGGGGAGGUUUACACGAAAGUCAAAGUUCCGGAAGGAGGUACAGUAAAAUGGACCGAGAAACUAUCCAAGCUAAGGCCAUGUACUUGGAUCGCUGGCGCCCGAGUGCAGUUGGUGUCCCCAUAUCAGCUGGUGGUUCGUUGGUUCUGUGGAUCCCUCGGGCAUAUGAUAGCGGACAUCUUACCAUGCAUGUGAGGAUCAAUGCCAGUUAAAGUUCAAAGUAAAAAAAAUGCUACCAUUGUUCAGUUAAAACGAUAGA